UCUCCGAAUAGACUUUACAGUGAAACCACGUGAAGUUUAUUUCAAAUAUUAUUUACGUUUUUACUAAAAUAAUCUAAAUUGUGUUGUUUAGAAAAGUAAGCGAAAAUGUUAAUAAGCAGUGCAUGUGAAUUAGAUUGAUUUUAAGUGCCAAAUAGCAAAUGAAAAGUGUAUAAAACGUGGGUGAACAAAGUUUAGAUUCGUAAUUUAUUUAUGCUGUAAAACGUAAAUUAACAGAAAUCAAGAUGUGUGUGAAGUCAGCGGGUGUGAGGAGCGGCCUCUUCUUGGGCUUCGGCUCGUUGCUGGUUGUAUCAGGCGCCGUCAUAGUGGUCUUCUGGCCAGCGAUCUUUGACAGCCAGUUACAAAGAAUGAUGAUCCUAGCACCAGAUUCUGUAUCGUUCGGCAUAUGGAGGGAAACACCGAUUCCUAUGUUUUUGGAGAUCUUCUUCUUCAAUAUUAGUAAUGUAAACGAAAUACUAAGUGGGACGGCAGAGAAGCUCAAAGUCGUGGAAAUGGGACCGUACGUGUUCCAAGAAUCUCAUACUAAGGUGAAUCUGACGUGGAAUGACAACAGUACCCUCACGUUCUACAACCAGCGGUUCUGGCACUUCAAACCUGAAAUGUCAGUUGGAACCAUCGGUGAUAACAUCACCAGCAUCAACCCUGUUAUUGCGACGGUGGCGUACCUGAUGAGGAAGCAGCGGUUACCACUGAAGGUGUCCGUGGACUUGUUCCUGAGGAUGUUUCAUCCGCACAUGUUCCAGACGGCCAACGUCACAUCCUGGCUCUUUGAUGGCAUAGAGGAUAGAGUCCUGGACAUCGCGUUGAAGAUCCCUGAACUUCCCUUCGACAUUCCAUAUGAUAAAUUCGGAUGGUUUUACGAGCGCAACGGCUCCCUAGAAUUCGACGGCUCAUUCAACAUCAAUACUGGAGCCAGUGACUUCUCCCAGCUUGGCAACGUGCAGGAGUGGAGAUACGCCAAUAGGACGGACUACAGGGACGAAUGUGGGGAAGUGAAGGGGUCUACAGGAGAGCUCUGGGCGCCAGAAUAUGGGCAGCCAGAGGUGAAUGUGUUCGCUUCUGAUAUUUGCACGUACCUGACCCUGGGUAAAGACCGGGAUGUGCAAGUAGAAGGGAUAGAUGGAGUGCAGUAUGCAGCCAAUGACUCAGUGUUCGACAACGGAUACAAAUAUCCGAGGAUGGCAUGUUACUGUGACGUAGUGCGGGACGAGGAGUGCCUGCCGGCCGGAGCCCUGAACGUGUCGGACUGUCGGUUCGGAGCCCCGGCCUUCGUGUCACUGCCUCACUUCCUACACGCCGACCCUAUCUAUGCCAGCAAAAUUGAUGGGUUGAAUGCUACUGAAGACAUGAACUUCAGACUAGCGCUGGAGAUGUUCACCGGCAUGCCCCUGUCUGUAGCCGCGCAGUUACAGAUCAACUUGCUUGUACGGAGAGUUAGUGGCAUCACUAUAAACAACGCGUUGCCGGACCCGGACACGAUGGUGCCGAUGUUCAGGUUCCGGCAGGAGACGGCCGUGACGCCGGAGUACGCCGCCAUGGCUCGCUCCGCGCUGCGUCUGCGCUACUGGGUGCCGUACGGGCUCUACGGACUCACUGCAAUCGGAGUAGCGCUACUAGUAGGAGGUAUCAUUGUAUUAGUAAGAAAACUAAUGAAAUCCCCCGACACUGCGCCGCUCAUAACCCCAGAGAGUUCACGCCCCACUGAAAGUCUAGAAUCCUAGUGACACACAAACAGACAAUAACUGAUAGUGAAUGUAUGAAGUAAGUGAAACUAGUGAUUAUUUUGUACGGACUGAAAGUCGCAUGAUUUUAUAUGUAUGUUUGUAGAAAAUCUCACCUCGAUACGGAUUUUUAGAGAAAUGAUGUCGUCAUACUAAAAUGUUCUUAGUGGCUCUAACUCGAUGACAGCGCCAUCUAUGUGAGCUUAUUGUUCUUGAUUUUUGUAUGUAAAACAAAUGAAUAGAAUAACUUUUAUCUGUUUUGGCUUGCAGUGCCAUUUAAGAGUCGAUUCUGAAAAAUCGAUUCGAAAUUCAAUCGAAAAAAAAAUGGAAUCGAUUAUUAAAAACCUCCUCUUUUUACGAAGUAGGUAAAUAUAAUAAUAAUAAUAAGGCAAAUAUUGCUUAAAAAUGACUUAACCAUAAUAAUUUAAGCUUUAAACUAGAAUUAUGAGCUUCCUAACAUCUUGUACUGCCAUAAAAAAGUUCCAGAUGCAUACAGGGUGUGCAAAACUGAAAUUAUUUAAACACUAUAAUUUUGACACUCUCAGAGCUAACUCGUAUUUUUUGUAUGUAAGUGCCUUGAAAUGCUGAAAGCUGUAAUUUUUCUUGUAAACUAUAAAUGUAUUGUAAAUAAAAAACGGCUGUAAGUAAAUAAAACUGUUUUAGUAACACGCUGUAUAUGUGCUAUGUAUUCUUCCAGUUUAGUUUAUAUUGUACUUAGUUUUUAUAUGGUAUAUUGUUUGUAUUAAAAUAAAAAGGGUUUUUUAUACAUUGUAAAUAUAAAAAUGUAAAAUGAAAUGAAAUUUCUUGUGUACCUAC